UCUUAAAUUUCGUGCUUUUUAUGUCAAGAAAACCGCAGCAAUUCUGCAAUGGAUGACGUAGACGCAGCCUUAAUGGGAGCCAGUAUCCUCAUGCAAGUGGUCGCUGGCAUCGCAGUGGUUUUGAAUCUUCUCGUGGUGGUGGUGUUUGCUCGAACCAAGCAACUCCGCAUCAAGUACUUCGGCUUCGUCUUCAAUCUCGUACUCGCCGACAUCGCAUGCCCUGCCGCAGCGAUUGUUUAUAUCCACUUUAAACACGUGGCUACGGUUCUUGCCCUUGUUCGGUCUUUUUUCUUGACCGGGCAGCUCAGCAUCUUGGCCGUAGCCGUGAAUCGUUUGCUGGCACUGUCUCUGAUGCCGCCUGCCCGCUAUGACGCCGUGGUGACACCCGUCCGUAUGGUGGUCGCAUGUCUCCUGAUUUGGAUCCUAUCUGCCGUGCUUUUCUUAUCUACGAUGAAACUUCAAGACGCGACCAUCAACUGGUUGAUCCAAGCUCUGACUCCCAUUUUUAUUCUGGUCGUCACUGGGGUUCUAUACCUUGUGGUCUUCCGUAAGAUCUCCAGGUAUAUGCCGCCACUGGCGUCCAUCGCUGGAACCAAUAACAUAGAUGGACAGGCUGGUACCCGCGUGCGCCAAACGCGUCACCUUAUGGUGACGUUCACGAUCAUAUUCGUGGCGUCUGCUGUCUGUUGGCUGCCAUUUUGUGUGGGCUUUAUCAUCCUGUUCACGCACGGCGAACCCACCUUGUCGGUAGUGGUAUUCCUGCAGUACAGCUAUGCGGUGUUGCUGUUUAAUUCCGCGCUCAACCCUUUCAUCUACUUUUGGCGUUUCCGAGAGGGGCGGGAAGGUUUCUAUAGGUUGAUGUGCGCAUGUUCCAGCCGCAGGAAAAACCAGGCGGAAAUGGAUGGCAACACUGUAGUGGAGACCGAAAUGUAACAUUAGGCCAUUGUGAAAACUGAAGCUGAAUCAUCUGUCAAUACACACGUGUGCCAAGUUUUUGUCGAGUUCCAUUUUACAUGCCGCUGGGUCUUCAAUCUAUAACUGCCAGAUUCCAUUUGGAUUUCCCUAAAAUAUGUUGUUUUUUCCUCAAACCUUUAAAAAGGUUUUUUUUCCACGGUCUUGCGUUCUUUUUUUUGGGUUCCUUUGGGUUUCGAAGCUAGAGUGUAUGUUUUCGCUUCAGGAUACAGAUGUUCCAAUAUAGAAUAAUAUACCGAUUUGAGGAGCCAUUUUAGGAUGUUAUCGUAUGUGUUCAGUCUAUAAUCUGAGGUCCACUUUUUUCAUGUCCCUAAUACAUGCACAUCUAUUAUCAGUCGUCCUCCACAUACCCAACAGUUUAAACAUCUUUUGAAGUGAUAUUUGAAUGGCACAUUAUACUAAGUAUCAAGCUAACACGGACAGGGAAGAAAUGUCAUAAGUUGGACCCUAAAUUUAUCGAAUGACCCCAAAAUAGUGGUCGAUGAAUUUCGAAAAGCCAUAUGUUUUAUAGUUACAAAAUAUGAGCUCAUGUGCACACUCAGCAAAUGCUCAGAACAUCUGUUACAACUGAUACUAUAGUAACCAACGGAUAACGUAUCACCAGAAGUGUUGUAAAUGUUACUACGCUAUCCGUUCUGUGAUGAUACGUUAUCGGAUAUUUUUUUUUGUAAUUAGAUUAUCCGCCGACACGUGAUACAUUGUCGGAUACAAAUUGUACUACACUAUCAGUCACUUUGUGUUACAUUAUCGGUUAGUGGUACAAUAGUAUCGGCCAGUUUGUGUGACAUUAUCGGUUUGCCAUACGUUAUCCGUUAC